UACGCUGCAUUUGGUUACGCGCUUUGUUUUCGACGGAAAUCCUUUGUCCGAAUAUCGUCUCCAGCAUACGUGUUCCAGCAUCUCCUGAUCGCAUUCCGAAGGGCUAUAACCUUUAUAAAAAUACUAAUUUGAAGUCUCCAUUGGAGCACUAGAAAGUAUAUCAGUACCAAGGUGGAAGAGAUCACGUAGCGCAUUGGCAUUGCCUCAACUCUCGCCCCGGGCCGGGAGGGUCCUGCCAUGGAUCAGGAUACUAAGAUACAGCAAUACGUCCUUUUAGCCAAGGGUGCGCGUGGGCGAGGCUUAACCGACCUCAUUGCCACGGCAAGCGCGGACCCCGCAAUCUUUGGAUUUGGGGAGCUUUUGGACGUCCCAAGCAUUAAAGAGCUCCAAGGCACGGAUCUGGCGCCCCACUAUGCGCUGCUGCAGCUCUUCGCGUACGGCACCUGGGCCGACUACCUAGCCAACGCCGGAUCGCUCCCUCCUCUGAGUCCCGCGCAGCAGCUCAAGCUGAAGCAGCUCACGGUGGCAUCACUGGCGGCAUGCGACAAGGUGCUGCCGUACGCCCGGCUUCAGUCCGCCCUGCAGAUCGGCAGUGUGCGCGAGCUGGAGGACUUCCUGAUCAACCACUGCUUCUACUCGGGGCUGGUGGCGGCGGGGAAGCUGGACCAGAAGCAGGGCUGCCUGCAGGUGUACGACGUGUUGGGUCGGGAUGUCCGGCCGGAGCAGCUGCCCGAGCUCACCCGCCGCAUGGGCGCAUGGAUCUCCGCGGGCGAGGAGCUGUUGCGCGCCAUCGAGGGCCGCGUGUCGUACACCUCCUCCGCUGCGGAGGCGGCUCGGGCGCACCGGGAGGAGCUGGAGGCGCGCGUGGAGGAGGUGAAGCGCAACAUCAAGGCCGAGGCUCGCGCCAACGACGCGCUGCUGGACGAGGGGUCGCUGCUGGACAUGAUGGAGGAGGAGCGGCUGG